AUGUUCGAUCGUGAAUUUUUUCGUGUUAACAAACCGCAAAUUCCGAUAACGCCGCCCGCUCCGUCCGUCGUCCGAACAUUUGUGAACGACAAAAGCGUCAUAAGUGGGCGCUAUCAAAGGAACUCGACACGGACAGACAAACAAGAGACGAUAAGUAUACGUGAAAAAAAAGGCAGUUCAACGACCGCCCAAGUGCCUCCUGCGGACGCGGUGUGUUCCUGUUUGAUUUACAAACAGAGCUUUCGGUUUGCGUUCCAUAUUCAAAGCGACGCGUCCAAGAUCGAAUGGAGCCGGUGCGUUUUCGAAAAUGGAACGCCCGAAGAAUGCGUUCAAAGGCGAGUGGUGGGGGAGAAGAAGAAAAAAACGCAGCGUGCCAUCUUCGCGCACACGUCGCGUAACGUCACCGCGAGGCGCGCAUCAAAGCAGGCAACGCGAUACCGGGGCUCAUCCGGACCUAGACUAAUUAAAAAUAAAUCGCGUAAAAGACAAAGGCCCGAC